AUGAUCUCACUCUUGAGUGGUUCUUCCAAUAAUGCACUAAUGAAAGUGGGUCUUGGAUCCUCUUUGGUCCCUAAGUUUAUUUCCUGCAGUGGAUCUUCUACUUCUGGUAGAGAAUCAUCUAGUGCUGCUGGUGCAAAAUCUAGUACUUCCUCAUGCAAACUCUCUUCUUGUUCUUCAGUGCUCUCAUGGGUGAAUUCUGCCAUAUUGAUGGCUAGAUCCUACAUAAAGAGCUUCCUUUCUUCCCAAUAA